UCGAUUAAUUUGGAGCUGCCUUCAGCAGAUAUGUGCUCAUCUAAUUUUUAGCUGGAUUUGAGUAUCAAAGAUAUUUAAAUUUAACAAAGAGAGAUUUAUCUGAAGCUUUGAGAACCUACUUAAGAUUUUCCGCCCUAGGAUAAGUUAAGAGGGAGGAGACAUUGGAUUAGAUGCAGGAUGAUGAAUGGAAGAAAUUUGGAAGCAAGACCAGAGCUCGAUGCAGAACCGAACCGGCAAUUAGUAACGUGUUGUUAGCUCCUCUGUCCUUCUCUUUUCAUAAACCUAGAAUGUUUAAGUCUCCAUAAGUUAUAGGCAGCGCAAUACCCUCCAAGAGUCAAGAAUAAAGGCAGGUGGUCCUACCAAGAGCACGAUACUUUUGUCAACUGCCUCAAGAAGUAUGGAAAGAAUUGGGACAUUAUUGAAGAGAUGAUUCCGACAAGAUCCAGCAUUCAGAUUAGGUCUCACUGCCAGAAAUACCUCAACCAGAUCAAGAAAGAUUACCAAACUGAUGAUCCUAUGGGGUGUGUGCUCAGGAAUAUGUGAGAUGCAUCGCCUUUUUACCAGUUCAAGCCUCCUGAAGCUUCUCCAUUAGCUCAUAUAAAAGUUGCGAGUGCCCGGAGCGAAUGUCAGAUGCUUGGCUACAGAGCUAGUUUUGAAACUAAGGCUCAGAAGAGAAGAAAAAGAAGCUCACUCAUAAGUUCAAAUCACUCAGAUAACCAUGAAAUUCCUCAUAUGAAAAGAAGGGAUAUGAAAUUCAUUCAAAAGAGCAUUGAAGAUCCAUUCGAACAAAAUAUGCAAAACUUUUCUUCUCCAGAUAGAGAUAGAGAGGAAUGAGUAGGUAACAAUAACCAGCACUACUCAGAUAAGUCCUCCAGGAUCGAGAAAGCUUCUUAUGGAAGAUCUAAGAGUUUACUUACUACAUGUACGAAACUGAAUAAACCUAACCAAGUAAAGACUACAGAGCCAAAAUCGUUUGAAUCCAGAGGAACUCCAGACUUAUCUAAAAUUAUCAAGAAGGGGUCAAAUGUGCUGGUUCUUGGUAACGGAAAAUUGCUAAUACAGGCUGAUAUGAUUAAAUCUGAGAUACCUUGUCACUACCAACAUCUGGAAGACCAAAUUGGUAUUCUUUCUCAUGAUGGUCCAUGAAAAGUCACAAUAAUACCUUUAAAACAAUUUGACAGCAGUAAAACUCAGAGUAAGACUCAAAGCCAAAAUUUUACCAGCUCUAACGAAGAGAAUGCGCAAGGGAAUAAUUUUAAACCUCCUCUUUUUCAUACUAGUGUUACAACUAAUGCACCCAAUAUAAAUAUUGGAAAUUCCAAAGAAGCAGGAAAUCAAGAAUUCCUCAAAGUAAUGAAUAUAAUCAAACAGAUUUUCUGUUGGUGUCCAAGAAAGCAAGCCUAAUAAGAAUCUCUGAGAAUGUUUAGACCAUAAGAAUCCCAUUGAACCUUAAUUCCUACAACUUUA